UUUUUCAGGCUGCAUUCACCACUGCCAGCACCUUGAACUUAGCUGAUGUUGCAUAAAUUUGGAAGAUCUGCCAGAGACAAUAAUGUUACUAAUGAAAUGGCUUAAUUCUUAAAUUAUAAUAUUGGCCUCUCUGUUUGUUAUAGUAACUCACAUAUUUUUGAUCACAUUAUAAUUUGUAAUAGCAAUUAUGGAUAUAAAAGAAAAGUUGAAAACAUUUAUUGAUAAAAAAACUAACAAGACUGCAAAGCAUCCUCCAACAACUCCAGCAUAUCUAGCAGCUUCUGAAAACUGGACAACCAGUGAUUUUGACAAUCACCUUGCUGUCAUUGGACAUCAGAAUCGCAAAGCCAGCAUCUGUGAAGAAAUUCCAUUGAGCAAUGAGGCUCAAGAUGUGGUGAUAGAUACAAUUGAGACCAUAUAUUUCCAAAGUGACAAUCCUGAUGUGGGAAGCCAUGAACUGCAGAAAUUUCCUGAUAUUUCUGACAUCCAUGUUAUCAAUGGAAUUAGAUCUCGACUUAGGAAACAGCAUGCCAUUGUCUCCAGAAGGGUUUCAGACCUCAUUAUAAGCAAGCAAACUGCAUGCAUGGAGGAAAUGGCUAAGAUUGACAGGAUCCAAAAAGAAGGCUGCCUUGCUGUGGCUCUGUGUGUUCAAAGUAGGAGAAAAUUGUCUGUUGGCAAAGAUCAGUUUACUUCCGCUAGUCUACGUGUUAUUGCUAAUCAUUUAAAAAGACAGAGAAUAGUAGAAGUAAUGAACAACCUGAAGACAAUAAAAACUUUACAAAUGACUGAUAUACAGUUACAAAAACUCCUGAGAGCUGAGGCUUAUCCUAGUGCCAUUCAGUUGUUGUUGGAGUGCCAGACUGCAGCAUCUACUUUCAGACACUUCUCAUGCAUUUCAGAUCUAAGUGCUAAAUUGCAGGAGACUUUAGAGAUGGCUGAAGAACAACUGGACUGUGCAAUUGGCAGAGUUGUUGUCAAUUUCAAUGCCAACACAUAUGCCAAGUUGCAUUCUGCUUACAUGCUACUUAACAAACGCCAAGCCCUAAUGGAUCAGCUGCAUAUGCACCUUACAUCUCAUAUCCACAACUCAGCGUUCUCUAUAGUUAUGGGCUAUGUAGAGUUGUACAGCUCUGUGUCUCAGCUCAACAUUUCUAAUAUUGCUAAUAACUCUAUCAAUGAUACCAAUAAUUCCAUAAACUGUGAUAAAGCAACCCAGUCCUCAUUUAGCAAGAUGCAAUAUAGUGAACUGUGUAAGUAUGUUGACCAUGAGUGCUUCUUAGCUUGUUAUCUAGACUUAUGCAAGUCAAUGUUUGCAAUUCUAAGAAACUACAAAGCCAUCAGCAGAUGGCACCACAAUGAAGCUGAGGAAAUGAAGCAAUUAAAAAGUGAAGCCUCAUCUCUCAGAAGUAGCCCUACAAAGUCCCCUGUUGCCGAAAACUGUUCUGUGAAUGAAAGAAGUUAUGUUGAACAAAAACUGAUCCAUGGCCUCCACAGAAUAUGGCAAGAUGUCCAAGCUAAAAUCCGUACAUUUAUUCUGGCUUCUGACUUGUCACACUUCAAGUUUGAUGACUUCCUGCUAGUGUUGGAUAUCACCAGUAGAUUGAUAUCAAUUGGAGAAGACUUUUGUGGUAGUAAAUCUGAAGCUCUUCAAGACUCAAUCAAGAAGCAAAGCAUGGGGUUCUUCCAUCAUGAGCAUGCGGCCCGGCUAGAAGAAUUACACAUGUUUCUAGAAAAUGAAGCGUGGCAAAUAGUUCCUCUCAAACCUACAUUCACUGUCUACCAUCUUCUAGAAUACAGAUUCCUGAAGAGAAAAGAUGCAUCCUUUGAAAAAUCUUUGGUUGUGGCUGCCUCCCCAGCAAAGAAAAAUGAUGCCCUGUGGUCUAUAGAUGCCUCGUCCAGUCCAUUUGACCUGACCUCGGAAGAGACAAGCCUUGAGGAAGACAUCCUGGCACCUGAAGAAGCUUUAGGAAAAUCUGAUGAAGAUACUGAUGAUGAUGAACCUUCCAGCACUUUGGACGGCAAGAAUGGGAUUGCAAGUGAUAGCAUAACUGCAGACACGUUCAAAAAAUUUACAGCAACAGCUAAUUUGCCAGUAGCAAGCAACACAUGUCUGGCCAUCCUGCGACUGGUGGGCAAGUACCUACUGAUGAUGAAGCUGCUGCAGCCAAUAGCCGCUGAUGUGUUCUUGUGCACAACUCAGCUGGUCCGCUACUACCUCUACACCAUCUGCACCACCUUUUGCUUCAGUGGCAUGAGCAACAAACUGUCGUCUGUGCUACGGGACAUCGAGAAGGAGAUCAUCAUGGAAGACACCCAGCACCAUCUGUCGUCGUCUGGUGCGGCGGAACAGAGCCUCUCGGUCACAGAUAUUUCCAGCAGAACUGCUAAAGUGUACCGGGCGAAGGCAUCACCUGUGAUCACGGAACUGCCGGCAUGCGGAACGGACGGCGUGUCGGCGCGGCUGGUGGCGUGCGAGAGCCUCCUGCUGCUCUGCCGGGAGCUCUGUGGCCUCAGGGAGGCCGUCAUCUCAGCUCUACUGCCUGCAGAAGCGGCCGAAGCCUGCGAGGCUUUCUUCACUCAAAUCGACGACGUGUUACCCGAGGUUGUGCCAGCCGUGUACAGCUGCGUGGGCGCUGCAGUUGUGCCACAUCAGCAGCUGGUGCAGCAGAUGUCAUCAGUGAACUGGUCCAUCAGUAGACUGGAGAGCCAACACAACGGAUAUGUGGACCAAAUUCUUAGGCUAAUGCAGGGAUUUUCAUCAGUACUGCAGACAGUAAAGACGCGACAACCUCUCCCCGCGAAUGCUGAGCAGCAUCUGUGGAGGACUACCGUGUAUCAGCUACACGCGGCGCUGUUGGCGGGCUACGCGGCCGCCAAGGUCUGCUCCAACGAGGGGCGCUCUCUCAUGCAGCUCGACUACCAGCAACUAACGUCAAAGCUGGAACCUCUGUGUGGAUUGCGACCUCUCCCUGGACGCCCAUUGGUCGAGAGCUACAUUAAAGCUUUCUACCUGCCAGAGAGCGCACUCCGUGAUUGGCUCAUCGAGCACCGAUCAGAAUACAACACUAGGCACCUCGUCGCCCUCGUGGGCGUCAUGAGCCAUGUGCCUAAACACGCCAAGACUGCGCUCACUGCCAUGCUCGAGAAUAGGGAGUGACCUUUACUUUAUACGCUCGGAAACUUGGAAUAAAAGGCUAAGAAGAAACACGAAGAUAACUUAUGCUAGAUGCUAGAGAAUUGAGUGCGCUCACUACCAUGCUCGAGAAUAGGGAGUGACCUUCACUUUAUACGCUCGGAAACAUGGGAUUAAAGGCUAAGAAGAAACACGAAGAUAACUUAUGCUAGAGAAUUGAGUGCGGUCAAAAUAUUUAUUAAACCAUGCUAUGUGCAAAUGUUUACAAUAAUAGACUGAUAAGAGGAAUAGUUAGAAGAAGCAAUAUUUUACUUUUAAACAGGUAUGAAUUUAAACAGGUAUUUUACUUUUAAACAGGUAUGAAUUUGAAGUUGAGAUUUAGUUAACAUUUUAUAGUCAUUCAAAAUGAUUCUGGAAUGAGGAUGAUAAUUCUAAGGAUCUUUGUGUUUAAGAUUUUCAAUCGAAACGAAUAUGAACAAAAUAUAUGCGUAAACUAUGUAAGGACAUGGUAAUAUUCGUGCCUGAAUGUCAGAAAGCAAGUUUCUGCCUCUUGCUAACUCUGUGAAUGGCGAUUGGGGCCCGCUAUGAUAGUGAACUAAAUUAUAUCUAUCGAUAGGUAUUCAUCAUUUUAAAUCAUAUCUUUGUGAUGGGAUGCGAGAAUUAUAUUUAUGAAGAGAACAUGUGUGUCUUGUGAUCUUUUAUUGCAUUGCGAAAGAAAGGUCUGUUCUUUCGCUGAAGUAUCAGUAUUACUAUUGAUGACUACGUUGGGUCGUCAAAUGUAUUGUCCGUAAGUUCGUUCCUUGAGACUCGUGAGCCAGGUUAGCGUUUUCAGCUUGGGCUUCAGCAUUUCUGCGACGUGGACAAUCUAAUCAUAAUUUAAUAAAUCAUUGCACCUUUGGAACAUUUCAAUGCAGCAAAUAAUUCAAUAUAUAUAUAUAUAUUAAAACCUAUAUAUCCUUAACUUCAGUUUGCUUUUUGAUUAGUUAUGUGACAUCUAAAGCCGUUGUUUGGGCUGCUUCUGUGCGUGCACAUUCAAUAUAAAAUUGCACUCGUUGAAAGGUACUACUGCCUGGUCCAUUUAACGCUUUAGGCAAACCUCUAUAGCUCACGAAGUGCCUGCUCUGAACGCCCUAACCGGCACCAGCAUGCUUUUCAAGACAUCACCGCCCCGAAAUUAAGAGGAUAUCACUGUACCUACAAGACCACCAAGGACUGGCAUUUUCAGCUUUCCAACUUGACAUUUUAACAAGCUUUCUGCUAUGCUGUCGCAAGCCUGCAUGACGUACGGUACUCCAUUUUGAUACUCGCCACCAUUUGCCCAAAAAUGGCCUUCAUUGACCAGACAUACUUCCCCCAUCCACCCACCUGGAUCACGCUAGCACAUUGUAUCUUGAUAGCGCUCUCCAUAACCAACAUCAUUCUUUCAUUUUUGUAGCUGCUCUUCCUGGGAGAACACCUAUGAAGGAGGCUCUGCAAUCCCGCUUUAACCAUCUCAUUGUGGUUGUUCUAGCACCGUUUUCGACACCGGCAUUAUUGGUCCAGCCUAGGCUGGAACCAACUUGCAACUGGAGUUGGGCUGUGCCGUAGAUCAUGUGUAUUGAGGGUUGUUGAAGCAAUUUAAGAGGUGAAGAUCACCAGGAACUAUAGAGAAGUAGUU